UUUUUUUUUUGAAUUACUUAUUUAUUAUGUGUGCACCCAUAGAGGGGCAACUAGUACUAUGCAGUAAGACGUAUCCUUUAAGCUUUAUUUUUAACUAGCUAGGGUUGAAGUUUAAGCAUGUGAAGUUUGUAUAUCCAAUCACCUUCCUUUUUCACUGUUCUCUCUCUCCAUAUAUAUGUAUACACAACAGCUUUUAUUUUAAUUUUGUCAAUGGUCAAUGAACAGUUUUAGCCAAAUGAUUUCUAAUGUUGUAAGACCAGUGUAGACAAAUGAAUUUGUGGAAAAAACUUGACUUUAGAAACUAAAUUAAUUAGUCUGUUUCAUCUAUUUAGGUAGAAAAACAAAUGUAAAAGCAGGGAUUGUGAAGAAUAUUUUACUUAAAGCAAAAAGGAGAUAAAACGGGGGAUGUGACACUUUCGAAACGGGGUUAAUGCUAAUUUAAUGGAAAGGACCAAAUUAACUCUAUUUAAAACAUAUUGAGACUCAAUUGAGUCAAAAAGAAAAAUAUAUAAAUCAAAGUGAAUCAUAUUUUAAAUAUAGGGAUCAAAUUACUAAUCAAGUCUUUUUUGUUUAUAAUCUGUCAAUAACUUUGCCUAUUCAAGAACCAAGAUAGCAGCAAGUAUAUAUCACUUGAAACUGCACCAUACAAAUUGUGAAAGCCAGAAUAAAUCAAAUUAAAUAUAAUAUUGCAAUCACUUGUAAUUUGUCUUUGACAUGAAUAGAAUACAGUUGUCUAACAAUUUGUUAGAUGACCUCAGGGAGCUUCGCAAUACACCAUUAUUCAUUACUGUUAGAUGUUAAGAUGUGUCUUUCUGUUAUUUGGGCUUAGUCUAUUAUGUAUUAAGGGCAUUGGCCCAUAUCUUACAAUAUAAAUAAACUACCCUAUGUGUAGUCUAAACACAUAAGGGAUAUUUUCUCCCAAUCUUCUUUAUAUCUCAUAUGGUAUCUAGAGCACAGGAAUAGUUCCAGUCAACUCCACGGUCUCCGGCACCCACUGCUGCUGUUGUCGCGUCGCCGCCGCUGCCGUCGCCACCGCCGCGCCGUCGCCGCCGCCGCCGCCGCGCCGUCGCCGCCGUCGCCGGAGCUCCAGAAUCGACCGGCGACCACACCAUCCGAAGCGUCUCGGCCGGGCGACCACCGUCGCACGAAGAUCGCCGCGAUCGGAGCUCUCACGCGCCUCCACGCGCCGCCGCAAGAGUCGCCGCUGCCGCCGCUGCCGCCGCGCGUGCCGGCGCGUCGCCGGAGCUUUCCGCCGCCGAUCAGCACCGCCGUGAUCGCCUCCUCGCCCUCUUUCUGGAUCUGUAGUCGUUGCGUCAAUCGGAGCACUUUGAAUUUUUAGGGUUUCUCCCUCUCCAUGGCGUCUUCCUCGUCUACAAACACCUCUAUUGGUGGCUCAUCUUCUGAUCCCUCAAUAUAUACUAAUUAUGUGAAUGUACACUUGUCCAUUGACAAGUUAGAUGGCACAAAUUAUGCAACCUGGGCGUCCGACAUCAAACUUUGGCUGAAGAGUCAGGGGUACUUAGAUCAUCUUACUCAAAAUGUGACUACUGCUCUCAUAGAUGACACUUCCCGCUGGAUGAAAAUUGAUGCUCAGUUAUGCAUUGUUAUAAAGUCCACCAUUCACUCCUCACUGAAACAAAUGUUUCGAUCCUAUGAGACAUGUUCAGAAGUAUGGGCACAAGCGAAGUUGUUAUACACAAAUGACACUCAGCGUCUUUAUGGUGUUUGUCAGGACCUAUUAACUGUUAUUGGUCCGCGCAAUCCUGGUCCCAUGGCAGAAUAUUUGGGUAAAAUUCAUGCCCUUCUUCAUGACUUUAAUGAUAUAUUACCUCCUGCUUCCACUCCUGCUGAAGAAUUGGAACAACGAUCAAAGUUCUUCAUGUUGUUGGCAUUAUACGGACUCUCUGAUGAUGUUUCUCAUGUCCGUGAUCAGAUUUUGGGUUCUCCUGUCAUACCCAACUUUACUUCUACUUGUUCUGCUCUUUUGCGUAUACCGAGCAAACCCGUCACUGAGACAUCUCCUCGUACUGAUGAUUCCUCUGUUAUGGCUGCUCAACGUGAUGAUCGAAGUCGGUCUCGCAAGCCAAGUAAAGGACGUCCAAAAUGUGACCAUUGUGGCAAGUUAGGCCACAAGAUUGAUAGAUGUUAUGCUCUCCAUGGACGUCCUCCUCGACCUGUAGCAGUGGCAAAUUCUGAUCCACCUCCCCGAUCACCGUCUGCAGACCAUCCUACUUCAUCUAAUAUCGUAGACAAACCUGCAAUCUUUAACGAAUUUCUCAGAUGGAAGAAAUUUAUAUGGAGCAACCGCCUGGCUUUGUUGCUCAGGGGGAGUCCUCUGGAUUGGUAUGUCGUCUUCGCAAAUCCUUGUAUGGCCUAAAACAGUCUCCUCGGGCCUGGUUUGGUAAAUUCAGUUGUGUUGUUCAACAAUUUGGUAUGUCUCGCAGUGAAGCGGAUCAUUCAGUGUUCUAUCGCCACUCGAGUGCUGGAUGUAUCUAUUUAAUAGUGUAUGUCGAUGAUAUUGUUCUCACAGGAAGCGACUAUCUUGGCAUCUCUCAGAUGAAACAACACCUUUGUCAUCAUUUUCAAACCAAAGAUCUUGGCAAACUCCGGUACUUUUUGGGUAUUGAAGUAGCACAAUCCAAUGAUGGUAUUGUCAUAUCUCAGAGGAAGUAUGCGUUAGACAUCUUGGAGGAAACAGGGUUAAUGAACUGUAAAUCUGUUGAGACACCUAUGGACCCUAACAUCAAACUCCUACCAAAUCAGGGGGAGCCUUUCUCAGAUCCUGAACGGUACAGAAGACUAGUUGGUAAAUUAAACUAUCUUACUGUUACGCGUCCUGACAUUUCCUUCGCAGUUAGUGUGGUGAGUCAAUUUCUAAACUCCCCAUGUGAAGACCAUUGGGAUGCAGUUGUUCGUAUACUGAAGUAUAUUAAAAGAUCACCUGGAAAAGGUUUGCUAUAUGGCCCUAACAACGAUACAAAGAUCGUUUGCUAUUCAGAUGCUGAUUGGGCUGGUUCCCCUUCUGAUAGGAGGUCUACUUCUGGAUAUUGUGUCUCUAUUGGUAGCAACUUGAUAUCUUGGAAAAGUAAGAAGCAAAGUGUUGUGGCAAGGUCGAGUGCAGAAGCAGAAUAUAGAGCUAUGGCAUCAGCUACUUGCGAGCUUGUGUGGCUUAAACAAUUGCUUAGUGAAUUGAAAUUUGGAGAUGUCACUCACAUGAUACUUAUAUGUGAUAAUCAAGCUGCUCUCCAUAUUAGCUCUAAUCCUGUCUUCCAUGAGAGAACCAAACACAUUGAAGUUGAUUGUCAUUUCAUUCGAGAAAAAAUCAUAUCCGGAGAUAUCAAGACUGAGUUUGUUAACUCAAGCAACCAGUUGGCAGACAUAUUCACUAAGUCCUUACGAGGACCUAGAAUUAAUUAUCUUUGUAACAAGCUUGGAACAUAUGAUUUAUAUGCUCCAGCUUGAGGGGGAGUGUUAGAUGUUAAGAUGUGUCUUUCUGUUAUUUGGGCUUAGUCUAUUAUGUAUUAAGGGCAUUGGCCCAUAUCUUACAAUAUAAAUAAACUACCCUAUGUGUAGUCUAAACACAUAAGGGAUAUUUUCUCCCAA